CCAGCGGAACAAAGUUCUUCCUCGCCUUUAGAUUCAAGUCGGCAUGUAAACAGUGAUGCACACCAUUAACAUGUCCAGUGCAGUAAUGUGCUUUGUAGCCAGUCAGUUAAAAAUAAUAGUAAACCAAAUCUAAAGUCAGGCGUGGUGAUAUUAAGAGUAACAGCAGACAUGAAACUGUACCAUGCCCUCUGUAAUGUGGGGAAGUUCAGGACGUCUUUCGACUUUGGUGGACGAGAAGUGGCUCACUGGUUCCCCGGACACAUGGCUAAAGGACUGAAGCAGAUGAGAGCCAACCUCAAGAGUGUUGACUGCAUCAUAGAAAUACAUGAUGCCAGAAUCCCCUUCUCUGGAAGAAACCCAGCGUUUCAGGAGACUCUAGAUGUCAAACCACACAUGCUAAUUCUCAACAAGAUGGACCUUGCCGAUACCUCCAAAGAGCAGAUAAUCCUGAAGAAGCUUCAAAGAAACGGGGUGAAAAAUGUUCUUUUCACAGACUGUUUAAAGCAGAGAGACGACAAUGUCAAAAAGUUGGUGCCAAUGGUGGUGGACAUUAUUAAGAGCAAUCCACGUUUUAACAGAGAUGAGAAUACAAACUAUUGUCUGAUGGCUAUUGGAGUGCCCAACGUAGGGAAGUCAUCUCUUAUUAACUCACUGAGAAGAACAUAUUUGAAAAAAGAAAUAUCAAUUUUAGGUCGUGCAUCUCGAGUAGGUGGGGAGCCAGGUAUAACUAAAGCGCUCCUGACUAGAAUUCAGGUAUGUGAGCGACCCAUAAUACACCUGUUGGACACACCAGGAGUCUUGCCUCCAAAGAUUGAGAGUGUUGAAACGGGCAUGAAGCUGGCUUUAUGUGGAACUAUUCUGGACCAUUUAGUGGGUGAAGAGAUCAUUGCUGACUACUUACUCUAUUCUCUAAACAGGCUCGGAGAGUUCAGUUACGUGGAGAAAUACAACCUCCAGGAGCCAAGCGAUGACAUCCAGUAUGUCCUCAAACGCAUUGCUGUGAAACUUGGAAAGACACAACGGGUCAAAGCCAUUACUGGAGUUGGGAAUAUCACCAUUACAGUCCCAAACUGCUCAGCAGCAGCUUACGAUUUAAUCAGAGCCUUCAGGAAAGGAGAGCUGGGACAGGUAAUGCUUGACUGACCUGAGACAUAAGUUUGCCAUCAGCCUGAAAGGAUUUAUAUUUAACCAAAAAGUGUCAUCAAGGUCCGUCUCUGACCUCAUGCCUAUGACAUUUUUGGGACAUGAUGCAAUCAGUUCUGUUUAUAGAUGAUGUAUCAAAGCACUGUGUCCUUCGCAAAUAAAAUAAUUUACCCUAAUUCAGGCACUAUUUUUUUCUUUUAUAAGACAUGAAGCAGAUAUCUGAUCUGACAAGGUGUAAACAUUAUAUUUAUUAGCACAAAGACAGUAAUAACAAACUCUCAAUCUAUGUACAUAAGUGUUGUAGCUUGUAAUAAAGUACAUUUAUAUGGAACAGUC